GCGAGGAUGAGGACAAGCGCACGGACUAUGAGAAGCCAAAACCCAGACGCGAACACAAGAAAAGAAUUCCUUUCAAGAUGACUCGAACCCAUCAGAGGCUCUUCGAAGCGAUCCAUAUGGAUUCAACGGAUGCUACAGACGGAGAUUCCUCCACGGUAUCCACCACCGAAAACUCCGCAACGGAUUUUCCUUCUCCAGAAUAUCAUUCCGAAGUUAAGCUUGAAGACGUCAGCCACAUGGAUCCCAUGAUGGAGAAGUCGCAAUUAAAGAUGGGGGAUGUCAAGUCUACAAUGCAGGCCUCCAUGGAUCUCAAAAUGGAGGAUAUGCGAUCCGAGAUGGAGGAUUUCAAGUCUAUUCUCCAGGCCUCCGUGGUGUCUAAGACGAACAGCCUGCGAUCUGAGAUGGAUGAGAAUGAGGCAAGGAUCCAAUUCUCUGUAGACUGCAAGUUGGCAAAUAUGCAGUCAGAUUUGGCGGACAUCAAGUCUCUGGCUCAGGCAUCCAUACAGUCCAAAGAGGUGGAGGUCAUGAGAUCUAAGAUUCAAGGCCUGGAGUCAAAUUUAGAGCGCAUGACUGGAAGCUACGACCACAUCUUGGAGGGACUGCGUGGAACUGGCAAACGUCCGAGACCACUUCAAGAUCUGUCUGAGAGUCGACGUGAGGGAGUUGAGGAUUGGCAUGGAGAUGUCGAGCAGGAACAGUGCAGGAAGCGCCAGCGGCAGCAGGAACCAGACACUUCUUCCAAGCUUCCGCGUAAGUCGGUCAACAGCGGUGGCGACUGGGUGCUCAAAUACGGCCCUGGUUUGAAGCUCUACUGUUGAAGCGGCGAGGUUUCUUGGUGUGCUGAUGAUCAAGACUAAAUUCACAUUUCCACUAUGAGGUUACUAUUUAGCCUUCAAGCUAGAUCCACUUCCAUAGACCAAAAUAAAAAGGGGC